CAACUCAUAAAGCUAGCAGCCGCUACAAGCAAGUGGCGAGACUCGCCACCAUCUGAGAUACCCGGAACACCGAAGACCGGUUCCAAGGAGAGGGAGAAGUAACGACACAUAUCACACACAAAAACGCGAUGUCUACCCCCUCGGCAAUGUUCGACAUGGCCCAAGGUCGUCGCGACCUGGCCGCCCUACCCUCCGACUGGCAACAAAACAUCAGAGAAGCUUGGGAAGUCGUCGACCAACAAAACCUCGGCUCCCUCAACGCGCGCGAAUGGCCCUUUGCCCUCCGCGCCAUCGGCUUCGACCUAGCCCGCACGGAAACCUACGCCCUACUCCUCGCCCACGGCGUCCCGCCGCACGACCACGACCCGUCGCGGGGUCCAUGCAGCCCGUCCCGUCUGCGCAUGCCGCAGGAGCACUUCUCCGCCAUCGCGGCAUGGCUGCUGAUGCGCCGCGAUCCGCAGGAGGAGGCCGAGGACGCGUGGAAGAUGUUCGACCCCCGCGGCACGGGGCGGGUCACGCUCGAGAGUUUGAGGGCGGUGUGUGGCGAGGUGAAUUCUACGCUGAGCGAGGCGGAUAUGAGGAGGAUGAUUGAUAUGGCGGAUAUUUCGGGAAAAGGGUGGGUUAGUAAGGAGGAGUUUAUUGAGGUUGCCAAGGGCGGGUUUGGUCGUGGCUAAGCUUUUGGAGGGGGUUGUUGUUUGUAGCAUCGACUCUAUAAGAACAGGGCAACUGCGAUGAGUUGGAAUUACUGAAUGCGUGGUAGAGCCGAUAGAAACGUCGGGCUUACCG